AUGAAUCGACCACAAACCCGGUCUCAGACAAGAACUUCGACGGCGCGGGAAGAAUCUAACCUACAAAACGUAGAAGCUAAUCCAGAUCUCCCAGAAGAAGGAUCUUUUGAACCUAGUUUUGUCGACGUAGAAAAAGCUAAUGAUCACGACUGUAAACUAUGUGAUCGCCCUAAUGGGGCCGAAGCGUAUAUGGUCCAGUGCGUAGACUGCAAACGAUGGGAUCAUUUUUCCUGUGCAGGAGUUACUACAUCUUCGGUUAAACUUAUAGUUUAUCGGUGCGUCAUGUGUGCUCCUCGGAUUCCCACACAGCCACCAAGUUCUGUGACCGCGCAAUCUACCACUAGCAGUGCCCGAAGAGCACGCCUGAAAAGGGACUUAGAGCGCCUUGAGGAAGAAAAGAAGCUACAGGAAGAUGCAGCGAAGGAUAAACUCGAACGGGACCAGAUAUAUUUGGAUAAAAAAUAUGAACUACUUUUGCAACAUGAUGACGACGAAGAACAAAAGAGUAUCUGCAGUCACCGCAGUGAUCGUUCUAACUCUAGGACAGCCGAUUGGAUUAAAGCCCAAGCUGUGGCAACAGUCAGUACCGGUCCAGCGAUUGUCCGACAAACAUCUUUUACAAAUGUACCGAACCAAACGCAGUCCGACAAAAGGUUGACGAGGCUCGAUAAACACAUGACUUCCACUCCUCUCACCACACUAGCUGAGAUAGGGGGAGUUUCAAGAGAGGCACCGAGUGACUGUUUUGUAAAGCCUUCGACCGCUAAGACCGUCGAUAGUUGUUCCAUCGGCAACUUGCCUGAUGGUGUUUCUGAAAUUUCAACCGAAAUUUCUGGUAAUCCUUUUCCAAGAGUUAAUAUUCAACCACUUGUGGAUAUGCUCAAGGAACCUCCCAGUUUGGCGAAGUACACGGGAACAAUCCCAAAGUCUGUGAAACCUUCGUUCGACCAAUGGCACCGUGAAACUGCUGGUUUACGAAAAAUCCGAGAACUACAAAACGACCAUGAGAAGGAGAACGAUAUUCGGCGAAAAAGGGAAAUGGAGUUGGCGGAAAAACUAAAAAACUUGGAUCAACAAAGAUUGGCGGAUGCUGAAAAGAUGCGGAAAAUUGAAGCUGACUUGCGACAACAGGUGCGAGAAUUUCGGGAGCAAUACGAGGUGGCAUCUAAACAGCAACGAGCUGAACUGCAAGAACGUGAUGAUGAGUUGACUUAUCUGAGGCAAGCUGAGAAACUCCUGAGGAUGCAACUUCAAGCGGCUAUUCAAGGAUCCACGAACGCAACUGAAAGUGUCAUAGGGAUAAGUCCAGUAACAGGUAACAUCCCUCCUCCUCCUUCCGCCAUGUCACCGGUAAGUACGCCAAACAUGUACCCUCAUGUAACUUAUAUAAAACCUGAUAACAUGAACAACGGUUAUUUCGAAGCUUUGAGCACCCCGGUUGGGGCCCGUUCCCUAAAUGAAAACGUCGAUCAGACACCCCCAAUACCUCCAUAUGUAUUUACAAAUAUCUCCCCACAACUACAACCUCCAUGUACUCAAUCGCGUCAACCUGAAUUCCAAAACAGUGCCAGUAGCAACGUCAUUCAGCUAAUUAAUCCCUCCCCCGCGCAAUUAGCAGCUCGAAACGUAUCGAAAGAUCUCCCGGUGUUCGACGGAGAUCCACUUCAUUGGCCACUCUUCAUAUGCAGUUAUCAACAUUCCACGGCUGUUUGCGGGUUUUCCGACUCCGAAAACCUAUUGCGUCUACAACGGAGUCUCAAAGGGAGCGCUAAGGAAGCAGUCAACAGUUUUCUCCUACAUCCUUCUACGGUUUCAAAUGUAAUCUCUACUCUGACUAUUCUUUAUGGACGGCCAGAGCAAAUCAUUCAUAAUAUGAUCAAUAAGAUUCGUAGUCUUCCUACCCCGAAAGCGGAUCGUGAGGACACCUUGAUUACCUUCGGUCUAGCGGUUCAAAACCUGUGCGGUCAUCUGAAAGCUACUGGUAUGGAGAUGCAUUUCGGGAAUCCAGAACUUCUGCAAGAGUUGGUGGGCAAAUUGCCAUUCCACGUCAAGUUGAAUUGGGCUCUAUAUCAACAGCAAUUCCCUUCCGUUGAUCUGCAUAUUUUUGGAAAAUACAUGGAAAUAAUUACGACAGCUACGAGCCAGGUGACACUGUCUAGUGGGCCUUCCGGCAAAACCAAUCGUGAGGAGCGGCCUAAGACAAACAGAGCUUUCGUGAAUACACAUGCUGCAGUGGAAGAAUCAGAAGGUGACGAACCAGAGGAAAGAUUCGUAGGAUCUCAUGCAACUUCGAAGAUGUGUGUGAACUGCAAAGGUGAUUGCCGAACGUUAGAAAAUUGUUCCAGCUUUCUUAACCUGUCGGUGGACGACCGCUGGUCAUUCGUCAAACAGAACAAAUUGUGCCGUAAUUGCCUUACCUUUCAUCGACGUUGGCCUUGCAGAAAGGAAGCCUGCGGCUUAAACAACUGUAAGAAACGACACCACCGGAUGUUGCAUUUUCAACCCGAUUCACAAGAACAAACAGUUAAAGCUACAGUGAGUAUUCAUCAACUUUCAAGUACGUCGGUUCUCUAUCGAAUGUUACCCGUAACUUUGUACGGGCCGAGCGGUCAGGUGGAAACAUUCGCCUUUUUGGAUGAUGGAUCUUCGGUCACACUCUUGGAAAACGCGAUUGCCAACGAGCUGGGGGCGGAAGGCCCGAUAACCUCCCUAUGUAUGCAAUGGACUGGCGGCGUAAACAAAACCAUUUCCGGCACCAAGAAGGUGAGCUUAGAAAUAUCUGCGGCAGGAAGUAAAAUUCGACAUUCACUAUCAGAGGUUUAUACGGUAGAUAGUCUCGACCUUCCUGCGCAAAGCCUUAACUACGAAGAAAUGAGCCGAACCUAUAAUCACCUCGCAGGGCUCCCGAUUUCUAGUUUCAAGUCAGCAACACCCGGGCUACUUAUUGGACUCAGUAACGUACGUUUAUUAACAGCACUCAAAACUAGGGAAGGUCGUACGGGAGAGCCUGUUGCAGCAAAAUCUCGAAUAGGUUGGUCGGUUUAUGGUUGUCUACCAAAGGGAGCACAAUCAAUACCCCAUCGACAAAUGCAUAUAUGUACCAAUAAAGAUGAUAAUUUACACGAUUAUGUGCAACAAUUUUUCAGGCUGGAAAGUUUGGGUGUAGCAGUGGCUCCAGAGAUCACACCAUCCGAGGAUCUGCGAGCUCAACAGAUCCUAGAAGCAACAACGAAACAGAAGGCUGAUGGACAUUUCGAGGUCGGACUAUUGUGGAGAUAUGACUACAUUGAGUUUCCUGACAGCAGACCGAUGGCGGAAAAACGACUGCGAUGCUUGGAAAAACGUCUUGGAAAAGAACCCGAUUUGUACGACAAUGUUCGACAACAAAUAGCAGCAUACCAGCAAAAGGGCUACGUGCAUAGAGCCACUCCUGACGAAAUUGGCAACUUUGAUAUUAGACGAACGUGGUAUCUUCCACUGGGUGUAGUAAUAAACCCGAAAAAACCUGACAAAAUUCGCUUAAUUUGGGACGCGGCUGCAAAAGUGGACGGAGUUUCACUGAAUAGCAUGCUAAUGAAGGGUCCAGAUUUGUUGAGUUCUUUAUUAUCAAUAUUAUUACGCUAUCGCGAGAGACAAGUAGCCAUUUCAGGUGACAUACGCGAAAUGUUUCACCAAAUGUCAGUUCGAGAAGAAGACCGAUGUGCGCAGCUAUUCCUUUGGCGAAAUUCGCCGGAUCAAGAAAUUCAAACAAUGGUUUCCGACGUAGCAAUAUUCGGGGCCACAUGUUCACCUGCGCACUCUCAGUAUGUUAAGAAUCUUAACGCGGCUAAAUAUGCUAAACAUUAUCCCGAAGCUGCUGAUGUCGUCAUUAAUUCCCAUUAUGUUGACGAUUGUCUUAAAAGCGUUGAUACCGAUGAACAGGCAAUUGAACUUGCUCAGCAAGUUUCCGAAAUACACGCAAAUGGUGGCUUUAAAAUCGUCAAUUGGAUGUCUAGCUCGAAAACGGUUUUGAACAAAUUAGGUGAGACUGAUCCAUCGACCAUUAAAACUUUACGGUUCAAUACUGAAACGGGAACGAAUGCAGAUGAACGUCUUUUGGGAAUGACCUGGCAUCCAGAUGAAGAUGUGUUCAAAUUUACACUUACCUUUCAGAAAGAUAUAGCAGAGAUCAUCAACGGAAAUAUUAUUCCUACAAAACGUCAGCUUCUGAGAUUAGUUAUGAGUAUUUUUGAUCCGUUAGGAAUAGUCUCGAACUUUAUUAUUCAUGGGAAAAUCAUCAUUCAGGAUUUAUGGCGAGUUAAAACCGGAUGGGAUGAAGAAAUUCCCCCGAAGGUAUAUUCAAGAUUCAAGCUUUGGGCAACUUCACUAAAAGAUAUAGAAAAAGUUCGAGUACAUAGAUGCUACUUUCCCGGCUACCAGGUAGACAGCUAUCAAAGUUUACAACUUCAUAUCUUCGUCGAUGCGAGUGAGGAAGCAUAUGCCGCUGUUGCUUAUUUCCGGAUCGUGGAUUAUUCUUACGUUCGUUGUGCCCUGGUCUCAUCUAAAACGAAGGUCGCGCCGUUACAACUACUUUCAAUACCGCGGCUGGAGUUGCUAGCAGCAGUCAUCGGAGUGCGUCUUAGAAAGACGAUCGAAGCAGGCAUGUCACUGAAAAUAAAUAAAACAUAUUUUUGGAGUGAUUCAACGACAGUUCUUUCCUGGAUUAGGUCGGAUCUGCGCCGCUACCGUCCUUAUGUGGGUCAUCGAAUAAGUGAAAUUUUAGAUUCAUCAAACGUCGAAGAAUGGAGAUGGGUCCCUACACGUCUCAACGUUGCUGACGAUGCUACAAAAUGGGGAAAGGGUCCCGCAUUUGAUUCACGAAAUCGGUGGUACAACGCUCCCGAGUUCCUGUAUGACGAAGAAGAGGAAUGGCCCAAAGAUUGUUCGAUACCCGAAACCAACGAGGAAAUUAAACCGACCUGGAUCAACACGCACAUCUUGAAUGAACCAGAGAUAGACGCCACCCGCUUUUCGAAGUGGGAGCGUUUGUUACGUACCAUGGCAUACGUUUUUCUGUUCAUCGGCCCAAGACCACUCGCACAAAAAAUUAUUACAAGUGAAAACCUCAGGAACGCCGAAACAACUUUGUGGAAAAUCGCGCAAGCUGAAUUCUCUGAUGAAGUAGCCGUGUUGAUCCAUAACCAAAAUGCAACCGAAGGUAACAAACGAAAGCUUCCAACAUCAAGUCAGCUCGCCAGAUAUGAUGCGUUUUUAGAUACAGCAGGAGUUCUUCGUAUCAACGGUAGAACAGAAGCUGCAGAUUGGCUGUCUUACGAUUCAAAGUUUCCAAUAAUAUUACCGAAGAAUCACAGAAUAACUAUGCUGCUGUUGGAUUGGUAUCAUCGUCGACAUCAACAUGCCAACCAUGAAACUGUUGUCAACGAGGUGCGACAGAAAUUUCAGAUACCCAGACUGAGGAUUCAAGUGCAACUGGCAAUCAAGAAUUGUAUGUGGUGUCGGGUUUACAAGUCCAUUCCUGCUGCUCCUAAAAUGGGCCCCCUCCCGAAAGUUCGAAUUACUCCCUACGUGCGUCCUUUUACUUACACAGGGAUUGAUUACUUUGGACCGUACUUGGUUAAAGUUAAAAGAUCAGCUGAGAAACGAUGGGUAGUACUCUUCACCUGUCUUACCGUACGUGCGGUGCAUUUAGAGGUAGCAUCUUCAUUGACUAGCGAUUCGUGCAAGAAGGCCAUACGUCGAUUUAUAGCUCGCAGGGGAGCUCCAGAAGAAAUAUACACCGAUCAUGGAACAAACUUUAUCGGUGUUAGCCGUGAGCUAAAAGCAGAGUUAGAGAACAUUAACGAAGAAAUGUGCAGCACCUUUACUGACACUCUCACACAGUGGUAUUUUAUCCCACCCGCUGCUCCACACAUGGGAGGCUGUUGGGAGAGGAUGGUGAGGUCAAUUAAAACGGCGCUGGGGUCGAUCCCAACUAUGAGAAAGCUGGACGACGAAUCACUACUAACUGUAUUAGCUGAAGCUGAACACAUGGUGAACUCGAGACCGUUAACUUUCAUCCCGUUGAGAACAGAGAACGAUGAAUCAUUAACUCCAAAUCACUUCUUGCUUCUCAAUUCAAAAGGAACUAACCAGGGAGUCAAACAGUGUAUCCCAAAAGGCGCUGCUAUUAGGGGGAGUUGGGACCUGAUACAGCAAGUGCUCCAAACAUUCUGGCGCCGCUGGAUAAACGAGUAUUUGCCAACCAUAACAAGGAGAACCAAAUGGUUUGAAGACGUGCGACCCAUUAAGGAAGGUGAAUUGGUUGUAGUUGUAAAUGAGGGUGUCAGAAAUAAGUGGACAAGAGGUAGAAUAUUGAAGAUAUUCCCGGGGAAAGAUGGUGUCGCUCGGCUAGCUGAUCUCCAGACAAAAAAUGGAAUACUUACAAGACCGUUCACUAAACUAGCACUUUUGGAUGUAGGUGUGCAUGACACCGAAUAA